AUGCGGCUCGAUCCGUUUGGACUCACGGGACCACCCACGUCGAAAAAACGGAGAAGAGAGAAGAGGAGAGAGGAAAAGAAGGAGCAGCAGCAGCAAUUGUGGUCAUCGUCGUCGUCGUCAUCGGCCUCGUUCGUCGAGUGCAUACGGUUCGUUCGCGCCGCGUCGACUAGAUCGUUUUCCGGAUCGAUUCGCGAUCACGUUAAGGCCCGACACCACGACGGGCCCGAUAACGAAGAAGCCGGAACUGCCACUGCCUUUCGCGUCCCUCGUGAUUCCGCUUCGCGCGGCGUGGUGCGCGCACGCGCGCGCGAUUGCCACGAGGAUCACGAGGACGAGAAUGAUUACGACGGCGACGCCGACCUCGGCGUCGUCCUUGCCGGCGCGCCGCCCGCGCGAACGCGCAUUCUCUGUGUCGAUCGUCCGUCGCCGCAACGACGGGCCCCGCGUUUCGCUCGAGGAGCAAGAGGAAGGGCACGGAGGAGACGGGAGAGAGGAGCGAUCCCCGAGAAAAGGUCCGACGUGGCUGCCUCGGUUGUUCCUUUCGUCGACGUGCUUGCUUACACUGCCUAUAGCGAUGACAGAGACGACGAUGACGACGACUACGGUGACGACGAGGGACGAGCGCGUUACAAGCGAAAGAGGAUUCACGAUGGACCCAAAGAAGACCAUGACAAGCAUACCGAAAAUGGAAACGACGACGCACGUGUUAGUGUUCCGGGUAACGAACAUGAACGUAGAGACGCGAAAGAAAACGCGUCUCGCGAGGACUACAUCCGCGCCGAGGUGGAUGCAAUUAAUUGUGGUGUGUCUAAGAGUGAUCAUCAGUGGGCAUUGUCAUCUUCAUCGAUGGCCGAGAGAAAGGAUCGUUGUUGCGAACGCAUUGAUAAUUACGAUUGCGAGCACCCGACAGUGGACGAGGAGUUUGACAGGCAAGAACGAAGAAAGGGAGAAGAACAGAGACGUAGCGAUAACACUGCCUGGUUCCAAAAGCCAAUUACUAGAAGGAGAGGAGGAGGAACAGGGGAGAAGCCGCAUACACGCAGAAGUUAUUACAGGCUGCUGCUAUUUAUGCUAUAUCUUCUGGCAUGGCCCCUGCUGUGCUCGACCAGUCCCUCGGGUCACUUUACCUCGACCUUCACGCAGAAUCCGACCCUCGCGCACAUCAAGAAUCCCGCGCAGCGAGGGAACGUCUCGCCGCCAGAUGCAUUGUAUUCGUCGUCGACAGUCAUCAUGCAACACCAGCAACCGCAACAAUACGUUCAGAAUAGCGAUUAUAAUACCGAUAACGAGCGUCAUCGUCAUCACCAACAGCAGCAGCAACAGAGGAAAGAAAAGCGAGAGGAUUCGGAUCGAGAAGUGGAGCCUCAGUCAUGGUUUCCCGACAGAACAAUGUACACCUGGGACGUGAACCAGUUGAAUCCUUGGCUGUCGGCCUGCGAUCUGGCGGGACCAGCGCCGGCCGAUCUUCAGGGUAGCUGCGGUCCACCGGAAGUGCCCAAGUAUUGUCCGAUGCCGUGCGAGAAUGAAAACGAGAUGAUCGACAGAGCGGGAAUCAACAGCGCGAGGACGACGACGACGACGAGAAUGGGGGUCGAGGAGAAAAAGAAGGAGGAGGGCGUACGGACUGCCCGGGAACAGUGCCUUUUAUAUCUCGAGGAGUCGCACAAGGGGAAGAUCUGUGGGGACGAUUCUGGUCGGAGUAGUACGCCAAAUUUUUUGAGAAGGGAUCGAUAUCGGUUCAUGAGCAGGCUGCGUCUGCGGCAUUGCUGUGAGCAAACGGUGGUCAACGCCCUGGCGCCGGGCAAGGACAGCCCGCUCGAGGACGUGCUAAAUGGCGGUCAGAAAUGCGUCGAUGUCCUGGACAAGUUGUUGAUCGUCGAUGCCCUGGCCGCGAGGCUGCAUUGCGAGUUCGAGGAGGUACUGGCGCGCUACGAUUGCGCCCAGCCGUACUCCGUCAUCCACAACUGCACCCAUUGCAAGGAGGCGUAUAGGAAAUGGGUGUGCAGCUCCCUGGUGCCUUACUUUGCUCACGGGGGACCGAUGGACGCGGAAACCCCGGGGGGCAGCCGGACCGGCACCAGACUAAGGCCCUGCCGAUCCUUCUGCCAGUCCGUGGAGCAACGUUGCCCCUACUUACUUCCGGGCGAUCGUGCCCCCGCGUACCCCACGCAAUACGCCGGCGAACCCACCUUUCUUUGCGGAGAUCCGAACAUCCCCGAGACCGGCGAGCAGGCCGCGAGGGCGUUGCACAACAGCAAUGACAGCGAAUGCUGUUUCCACAUGUGCGCCGAGGACGCACCAAUAUCGGGUAUCUGUGCCAAUUGUGAAGAACCGUGGAAACAUGGCAGGUUGAACGACCCCUCGACAGCUCCCCAGUGCGACACUGCCGCCCCUCAGUCUGGUCCUACCGGUCAGCAGUAUCCGGGCUCGCAAGCGGGCCAACCGGAAGCGGCCACGGAUCGCGAGCCCGGCGACGACGGCCAGGAAACAAGCACCGCAUCUUCCUCGUCCAGCACCCCGGCAUCUUUAUCGACCACCACCACCGACAAACAGGAGACGUUGUUUUGUGGCAGCGGCCGCAUCGGCUCGAUACCAAGCGCGUCCUCGCCCGGUCGAUCAAGCCCGUCGAUCGUCCUCCAGCUCUUCUGGCUUUGCUCGGUCUUAAUUUCCCUCCCCGCGAACGCGCUGCAAUACAAUCUCGCGACCUCCUGGAGCCCCUUCGGCUUUUUUCGGUUGAUCGGUUCCGGCCUGCCGGGCGCGUUCCUCCUGAGAAGGACACUCAACGAUCUUCGCGCUUCCGCUUUCGAUCCACGCUCGACCGGAAUCUACCGACACGCCGUCGUGCGGUGCCUCCUGUUCAUCCUCUGGAUGCCCAGGCGGGCGGUGACGAAAUGCCGUCGUCGCGGAUGGUGGUGGUGGAGGUCCUGGAGGAGAUCCAGCAGCCGGCACUUUCGCUGGAAAUUUCCUCGUCGCGCCGGCGGCGUCGCGUCCUGGCGAUCGGUCCCGCGCGAUGCGUCGACUUCGUCGAUCCUCGUGCUGUUCCUCAAGUUUGCGUGGAAGUGUCGGUGUCGCGAUUGGUGGUGGUUGUGGCGCCGGUGGCGGAAGUGCGGGUCGACGGAUGGACAAGACGUGGGACUCGUUCGGAGAAAACGUUCUACGACGAUUCACGGGACGCGUCGUCGAGGACACCGGCGGCGAGGAAGCGAUCCCGACGGAGUUUUCGGGACGGACGUCGCGUGUUCGGCCAAAGCGACGUCCAGGAAGGACCCGCCAUAGAGAGGCGAAGUUCGCUUUCCUGGAUACGCAGGAUCGUACGGGUUUUUUUCUAUUUUCGGCAUCUCCGUGAGAGUCUUCCCUCGCGGAAUAUGCCAGUACUCGAGAAGUACACAGGGUCGAUCGAAGCGAGAUUCGAUCGAGAACAGACCGAUGUAAACGGAACGUCGCGUCGAACGCAACGCAAAAAGAUACGAAGGAUUAGAGGAUGUUUUUUAAAGAUGCACGGGUAGAAAGAACACCAACACCGCGAGGAGUAUAGCGAGAGGGCGAAAAGGAGGAUCAAGCGGAGGAGCGCGGGACAAUUCGGUUCCGCAGAUUGGAGCAAAAGGGGGAGCAAAGGGAGAACAACAUAGAACAACAACAACAUCAACUAUAAAAAUAACAAGAACAACCGAGAAUGAAGGAAACGUAACGUCUAGCGCUAAUAAUAAUGAUAAUAAUACAAUAAUAAUGAAUAAAACAAAAUAAAAUAAUAAAUAAUGAAUAAUAAUAGUUAAUAAUAAUGAUAAUGAUGAAAUAAUAUAAUGAAGAUUAAAUAAUGAAGUAUAAACGAUAUAAAUAUAUAAAUAUAUUAUAUAUAAAGAGAAAAACGAUUGAAAAGAGUAACGUUAAAGUAAACGAUAGAAUAAUAACGAUACGAUUAUUAUUACACAUUAAAUUACGUUACACACAGAGUGCAAGAAUGAGCGUGAGAAUGUGAGAAAGAGGGAGAGAGAGAGAGAGAGAGUGAGAGAAAAAGGGAGAACAAGAGAGAGUGAGAAAGAGAGAGUGAAAGAGGAUGACAAAAAGAGAAGAGAGAAAAGAUGACAGAUGUAAAAAUUGACAAAGAUAGACAUACAGGUACACAAAAUAACACAUAUACAUAUACAGAGGAGCAUAAGUCGUUAAAUUUUAACGAGGUAGCAUUAAAAAGAAAAAAAAAACUGUAGGUAGAUAGUUUCUUCGCGGCGAAAGAAUGGUCGAGGGAGGUUUUUCGAACGCGCUAAGUAGGAGGCUGACGUAUUCUUCUAUAGUCGGUGUGAAGGGCCUGCUCGAGGAAGGGGGGAGUAAAAAUGCGUGGCACGGGAUGAUAAAUAAGCACGGCGUUAUCGAGAUAUAAUAUGUGUUCGUUUAGACAUUACCGUAAAUAAUAAUCAUAAAUAUAAAACAUAGAGAAUUCUAAUGAGAGAAUUGAGAGUCGAUGUGGAGAGGGUGUAUACGAGUGAGUGUGUGCGAAUGACAGGAGAAGAAAGGGAGAGAGAGAGAGAGAGAGAGAGAGAGAGAGAGAGAGAGAGAGAGAGAAUGAUGAAAGAAAAAAACGUGAGGAUGAGAACAUGUUGGACGACGCGUUUCACGAGAGUCACGUGGGUGAUUUACCGAGAUGGAAAUCGAGAUUCGGGAGGGAGGAAGAAUUUUUAGAAUUUCGAAUUUUUUCUCUUCGUCGUGUCGGGUGAGCGCGAAAACGCGAGAUUCCGAGAUAAUCCCUUGGCUCACAUUCCGCAUUACGAUCACGGACGCGACACGAUGCGUUCGAUUAUCGAGAUCGACCAUGUGGAAGGCAAGUGUCGUGGUCGGUCGCGUUGAAAUCACGUUGGUGGAUUUCGUUUCGAGCCGGUGAAAGUGUCAGGACUUCGAGUCUUUCUAGGCUUGCCAUGAUUGUUAAGCGUCAUCCUGCCUCGGUUCUUUCCUUCGGAUUUUACGCGACUAGUUCAUUAAGUUUCGAGUUUGUAUCGAUUUGCGCUUUUUCCCUUUACCUGUUACGCUCCUUUCUCCAUUUCAUUCUAUUCAUUUUUCCGUUAUUGGUUUUCUCUGAUUUUCGCAUCCUUUUUUUUUUUUAUUAUUGGGGAAAUCUUUUUGUGGAAGAUUGCGCGCGCUUUCAUUCGUAGCUUCGGAGAUCUUUUGCAAUGGUAUAUCUUGUGCAGAUAAAAGAUCGAAGUCGAUUGCGAGUCGAUUUUGGGAUAGAGACAAUAAGAAUUUUAAUUACAUUAGUGGAAAUUCUAAAUAAAUGCGAAAUGAAAGUCAGGAGUGCGAAGGUUUAGCUACUUUUUAGCAAUAUACGAAAGAAUAAAAUCCUACGAAUCCUCCAUCAAACGGAAGAUGCGAACAAAGAAGCGCGGGGAAAUAAAAGUACGCGGAGUUAAAGCUAUGCAAACAAAGGAAAAAGGCAUCGCAGAGAUACGACAGAUGAAUCGACAAAAGAACGACGCGCGAAUAACGGCAGGGUAUAUUAACCAAAGGAAAUUUUGAAUCUCAAGGGGAGCGGUUCUCGUUUUGUGUAAUAAAAGACUUGGUAUAACCGAAUUUUCCGAAAACAGGAAAAAAAAAACAACGCACGCACACACAUACACACACACAUACAUAUACAGAUUCGUGCGCGCGACCACUAUCAUCGAUAAAAAAAUAAAAAGCAGGGCAAGAGAGAAUGUCCUCGAUCAUGUAAAAUAAACCGCGGAGCAAGAAGAAGGUGUUUUUUGAUCACGUGAAAUAAGAACAAAGUCUUCGAUCACGUCAAGUUUAAUGCAGAAGUAGAAGAGGAAACGAAGAGGGAUGAAGACGGCAGGGAGUAAUAUAUAGGAGGAAGAGAAGAUCACACGAUACGCACAAAUUCGCCCACCGCCUAAAGAAAUCGUGCUGUUACUUGUUUGUGUUGUUUCUCGUUGUUGAACCGAGUGAUGCCACGCGAGGGUGGAACACUGACAGAAAAGAGAAAAAAAAAAGACAGCCUCUUAUAAGAAAUGUAUCUAAUAUAUAAUAUCUAUCUGCCAUCGCACACAUACACGGAAGAAAAGCGGGGUGCGGCGGUUCGAUUUAGCGGCUCGUCGUAGUCCCGAUCUCUUAGAAAGACACACGCACACACACACACACAAACACACGUCCACACGAACAGACUGUUCACGCGCAAGUCAUUCCCGUUAGCGCGAUUGCAUUGCGCGAAAGGCGACGGUGAAGGAAAAUCGUAUCUUGCGCGAAAUCGUACACCUGUUCCAGUCGGUGCGACCAGGUGAUUCGACUCGAGAAAUAACGUCGCGACGCCGACGCCUCUUUCUGGUACGACAAGAGGGAGGCAACCACCUCGGCUCGCUUCUUUCCCUCUUUUUUUCUCUGUUGGAUUUUUCGUCGUAUUUCCUCUCUCUCUUCUUUGAUCGUAAUUUUGCGGAGAUCAGCGAAAAUUGGUCGAGUUUCUUUUAAUUUCACGCUGAAAAAUGUGUGAUCUAAUAUACAUUAAAAAAUAUGCUUAUGUAAAUAUAUCUGCUACAUUUGUAUAAUUAUAAAUAAAUUAUAUUAGAUGUAGCGCUAUAAAAUUAUUAUCAGAAUUAAUUAUAGCAUAUUUUAUCAGACGUGUCAUGUCUGUUAUUUUCUUAAGAAUUUCAUUUCGAAGUCAAAAUUGAAAAGCUUCUCGUUGCGAUUGUUGUUUAAUACCACUCGGGUUGAGAAGUUGAACGAAAAGUUUAACUUUGAGAUGAACGAACGGACGUUUCGCAAUCUCGCGUUAAUAAUUAAUACCGGCGAAAUUGUCCGACGCAGAUGUAAACGCGGCCUAAUUACGCCGAAGGGGGCGAAGCUCCGGAGAGCAUAAUUUUGCAAUCAAGUUCGAUGGAUGCGAAAGGAACGCCGCGAGGGUCGAGGGGAGUGGAGGAGGGGAAAGAAAAACGGGCGCCCCCGUGCUGAGUCAGAAGUGCGCGCGAGUCGCGCUUUGAUUAAUCGUCGCCGAAUCCGUUUAUAAUCUGUUACGCCGCGUCGCGGAGAGACGUCCAUUAUCGGUCCAAAACAACGCCCGCUCGCGCGGCGAUCUUAAUUCGCCGAAUAAUUGGACGAAAGACAUUGGAGUCGAGUCCGACUAACGAGAUGAGAAAAUCGAAUCCUUAGCCCUAAACUUGGCAAUUGCGAGAUGCAUCCUCCCUUGUUUACUCGACUCGAGCAAUUUCUAACUUUUGAAAUUAUUUUCUCGGAACUCGCGGAAUCUUCUUGGCCUAUUAUAAUUUCUUUAUAUACUCUCUUGUAUGUAUAAUAUAUAUUAUAAUUCUAAGAUCAUAUUAAAUUAUAUUAAAUUUAUUAUUAAUAUUCUCUUUUAUGAUACAUCAUAUGCAAAUCUAUUUUUUUUUAGCCAAAUUUAAAAAACAAUUACUCAAAACUUUUAAUUUCUAUUAUCUCAAAAAAAAAAAAAAAUGGAAAAUCUAAAUUGCAAUUUGGAAAUUCCGGGAACAUAGCUGCGGCAUCGGUAUGUGUUUUAUGCGCAUCUAUAUUCAUAUAGACGUAAGUGC